GGGGUCCUAGGAGGAACGGCAGGCCUCGAAGAGGCCCGGCCCUCUGGGCUUGUGGGGGCCCACCGACCGUGCCCGUUCACAUGCCCCCGGUCAUUAGUGCCCGCUAGCCAGUCUGCACUUGGGGGUGGGGGAGGUGAGCAGUGAGACUAGGAGACUAGUGAGACUAGAAAGAUGGCGUCACAACCUCAUCAUUGAAAAAACAUUCUAGUCUCAGUUUACAAGUGACAGGCAUAGAAAAAAUAUCCUAUUAGUGGGUUAUUUUAAGGGUGGAUUUCUCAUUACAGUGCUAGGCCGGAUUUUCAUCACACCAGAGUUUCUCCCAUUAAAGUUAGCUUAUUUUUGCCUGAUUAAAAGAUAAUUUUAAUAAUUAAUUUUAAUAUUAAUCUUUAUUUCAUUUUAGUUGUUAAUUAUAAUACCAUAAUACUAGUAGACAGCUCUCCUGAGCACAUAAUUUUACAUAAUUACAUAAUUACUGAUAGCAAUUGGAUAUUUACUGCAUUCAAGCAGGCAAACCCAGCUUCAGCUUCAGACUGAUUACCAAAAACAUUUCUUCUAAAACGUUUUAAAGUAGGUAUGUGAAAACGUGUUAUGAAUUGUUGAAAAGGUUGUUACAGGGGGCUGGCCCGGUGGCAUAGUGGUAGGGUUCGUGUGCUCCGCUUGGUUGGCCCGAGGUUCACGGGUUCGGAUCCCAGGCUCGGACUUGUGCACAGCUUAUCAAGCCAUGCUGUGGCGCCGUCACAUAUAAAGUAGAGGAAGAUGGGCAUGGAGGUUAACUCGGGGCUAAUCGUCCUCACAAAAAAAAAAAAAAAAGGUUCUUACAUAGAACUUGGUGAGAAAAUUCCUAAUUAAAAAAAAGUCAUCCCACUCAAAUGUGUAAGUCUUUAUGCUGAAACAGGUAGUGGCCAGAAAUAGACGCUUUCCAUGGAGGUUGAUUACAAAGGGAGGGAGAGGAAGAGAGGGUGAUGGAGCCUUCAGGGAUAAUUAAAGACAGGAAAGUCUUUGGGGGACCCGGCCACCAGGGUGAAGGUUGAAGCUAGAAGCUCACUGGAGACACAGUUGGUGCGUGGGUGGGACUGUGGGAGAAGAGCUGCUUUCACUGGGUGUGCCAGGCUCCUGGUCCGUCGGCAAGGUGGUCAUGAGAGUACAGGAAACAGAAUAGGAAGCACCCCAUUUCCAGAUGAGGAAACCGAGGCUCAGGAAGAUUAAAACCCGAAAUCCAUAGUAAAAGCCCGAACCGAACACCAGUCUCUGCUCCAGCGCGUGCUCUCCGCCACCCCACACCCCAGCGAGGUCGAGGUGGUGGUGGGGAUCCGCGCUCAGCAGGGGCUCAGGGCUGGGUCUGAGCUCACCCCAGGCCCCUUCGCCAAGAUGCAGCUGGAGCCUGGGAGGGCCCUCCCUCCCCCACCUGGCUCCAGUGUCUCUAUAAAUAGCCGGGGUUCCGAAGGAGUGAGCUUGUGACCGCCUGGCAGGCACUGCCCUUCAUGUCCCCUCCCUCCAGGCGGUCCUCGGAGUGCAGCUGGUGGUGACCUUGCUCACUGCUACCCUCAUGCAUAGGCUGGCGCCGCACUGCUCCUUCGCGCGCUGGCUGCUCUGCAAUGGCAGUCUCUUUCGAUACAAGCACCCAUCAGAGGAAGAGCUUCGGGCCCUGGUGGGGAAACAGAGGCCCAGAGGCAGGAAGGAGCGGUGGGCCAAUGGCUACGGUGAGGAGAAGCCGUUGUCUGUGCCCCGAGACGCCCCUUUCCAGCUGGAGACCUGCCCCCUCACGGCCGUCGAUGCCCUCGUCCUGCGCUUCUUCCUGGAGUACCAGUGGUUCGUGGACUUCGCCGUGUACUCCGGCGGCGUGUACUUCUUCACAGAGGCCUACUACUAUGUGCUGUGCCCGGCCAAGGAGACCAACAUCGCCGUGUUCUGGUGCCUGCUCACCGUGGCCUUCUCCAUCAAGGUGUUCCUGACAGUAACCCGGCUGUACUUCAGUGCGGAGGAGGGGGGCGAGCGCUCCGUCUGCCUCACCUUCGCCUUCCUCUUCCUGCUCCUGGCCAUGCUGGUGCAGGUGGUGCGGGAGGAGACCCUCGAGCUCGGCCUGGAGCCAGGCCUGGCCAGCAUGACCCAGAACUUGGAGCCACUUCUGAAGAUGCAGGGCUGGGACUGGGCUCCCUCUGGCCAAACUGGCCAUCCGUGUGGGGCUAGCGGUCGUGGGCUCCAUGCUGGGUGCCUUCCUCACCUUCCCAGGCCUGCGGCUGGCCCAGACCCACCGGGAUGCCCUGACCAUGUCAGAAGACCAGCCCAUGCUGCAGUUCCUCCUGCACACCAGCUUCCUGUCCCCUCUGUUUGUCCUGUGGCUCUGGACCAAGCCCAUUGCACGGGACUUCCUGCACCAGGCACCUUUUGGGGGUACACCCUACUCCCUGUUGUCCGACGCGGCCUUCGACUCGCUGCGCCUCUGGGUGCUGGUGGCUCUGUGUCUGCUGCGGCUGGCGGUGACCCGGCCCCACCUGCAGGCUUACCUGUGCCUGGCCAAGGCCCGUGUGGAGCAGCUGCGGCGGGAGGCCGGCCGCAUCGAGGCCCGCGAGAUCCAGCGGCGAGUGGUGCGGGUCUACUGCUACGUGACAGUGGUGAGUCUGCAGUACCUGACGCCGCUCAUCCUCACGCUCAACUGCACGCUGCUGCUCAAGACGCUGGGUGGCUACUCCUGGGGCCUGGGCCGGGUCACCCCGCUGUCUCCCGCCCCAUCCACGGGCAGCGAUGGCCCGGUCGGCCCCUGGGAGGACGAGGCCCAGCAGACUGCGGCCCGGAUCGCCGGGGCCCUGAGCAGCCUGCUCACGCCCCUCUUCCUCCGCGGCGUCCUCGCCUUCCUCAUCUGGUGGACCGCCGCCUGCCAGCUGCUCUCCAGUCUCUUCGGCCUCUACUUCCACCAGCACCUGGCGGGCUCCUAGCCGCCUAUGGGACACGGGCGCCCCCUCCGCUUGUGCCUCAGUGUCCCCAGGUGCAAGGCAGGCCUGGGAGUCCCCGCUGUGCCCGUCCCUUUACCACAGUGCCUGAGCCAUGGCUCCCUUGGACCCUCAGCUUCGGCCUGGAAACUGUCUUGGGCCGGGUGGCAGAGGGUCCCACGGCCAUUGUUCCCAGAGUUCCCGGAGGUCGUGUGCCCAGUUUGACAACAGAGGGAGGGGCAAUCUUCUGAACAAAUAAAGGGACAGGUCGCUUUUUACAAACAGGA